AUGUCCAGUGUCUCACAAAGGACUGACUUCCAUUACAUCGCCAUCAAAGAACUCCACCCUACGUUCGGCGCGGAGAUCAGCGGCGUAGACUUCUCCAAGCCGGUGACAAAAGAAGUCUUUGCAGAGAUCCUAGCCGCAAUAAACAAAGUGGGUCUGACGUACCUGUACUCCCUGGAUAUGUAUGCUAAUAACCAACCCGACCAGUACGGGGUCUGCGUAUUCCGCAACACCGGCCUCGACGAUGCCGGCCACAUCGCCUUCGCCGCCCAGUUCGGUGAGUUGGACGACGUGACACCGUACAUCGCAGGCGGCCGCGCCCAUCGUCUCUCCGACGUGCGGCUAUUUGACGUAGGUAACAUCGACCUGGACGGUGGCGUGUUUGCCCUGGACAAUGUGCGACGCGAGGCAACGGUCUCUUCCACGUGGAUUCGAGCUUCAACCCCCGCCGCGCCGGGUACUCACUCCUGCGCGCCGCCGAACUACCACCAGCAGGUCUCAGGAGGCGAGACGGAAUUCGCAGACUCACGAUCCGCCUUCGACGACCUGGAACCGCAUUUGCAGGAUCAUCUGCGUGACCAGAAUUUCAUCGCCGCACACUCGCUCUGGCAUUCCCGGAAGCUAGCCAGCCCGUCUACCUUUGCCGAUGUGAAUCCGGACGAGUACCCGAUGGGUCGACACCGACUGGUACAGAGGAACGAGGGGUCUGGUCGUGAGACGUUGUACCUUGCCGCGCACAUUCACCAUAUUGAGGGGUUAGAGACUGAUGUGUCGAGGGCGUUGGUGGAGCGGUUAUUGUCUCAUGCGACGCAGGCGAGAUACGUGCUGCGGGUUGGAUGGGAGAAUGUCGGGGAUGUUGUGCUGUGGGAUAAUACGAGUGUCAUGCAUCGGGCUGUUGGAGGGGAAUUUGAGGGCCGGUUUCGCCGAGACAUGCGCCGGGCGACUGUUCAUGAUGGGAGCUUGGCUGCUUGGGGGUUGAAUGAGCGAAGCGAGAUCCGGCAGGGGUUGCCAUAG